AUGGCACUAGGGAUUAAAGGACGCUGCAAGGUUGAGUUGACGCAUAUCGGCCAUCCAUCACGCCUUCAGGCCUUAGCAGCUGCAAACGGGUUUAUUCUGUUCAUCGCGCUAAUGAAUUUGGAAUUCAAGCCCCGCUUAGCGCAAAAUCUCGGCACGCAUGGCUCAGAAGAC